AUGCCUUUAAUCACCAGCACUGGAAAGCCGAGAGUCAUCCUAGGUCUUAUGACCUUUGGUGAGGGCGCUGAGGCAGCCGCAUCAGGAGCCCGAAUCACGUCUCUAGACGAGUUCAACAAGGCCUUGGAUCAUUUGCAAGCGGCAGGCUACAAUGAAGUAGAUACGGCACGCGGUUAUAUUGGCGGGAAGCAAGAAGUAUUCACAAAGAAGGCCCACUGGAAGGAGCGAGGUCUCACUUUGGCGACAAAAGUCUAUCCCACGGAGCCUGGUCGUCACAAGGCCGAGGUCAUUACAGAGUACUUUGAGACCAGCUUGAAAGAGCUCGGCACAGACUGUGUCGAUAUUUUCUAUCUCCAUGCUGCGGACCGAUCGGUGCCCUUCACAGAAACCCUUGCGGCGGUUGACAAGCUCCACAAGCAAGGGAAGUUUGUCCAGCUUGGACUUAGUAAUUUCACCGCAUUUGAGGUUGCGGAGGUAGUCAUGCACUGCAAGUAUAACAAUUGGGUUCGCCCUACAAUCUACCAGGGCAUGUAUAACGCUAUUACCCGGUCUCUCGAGCACGAGCUUAUUCCAGCUUGCAAACGCUAUGGCUUGGACGUCGUUGUCUACAACCCAAUUGCGGGCGGUCUGUUCUCUGGCAAGAUCAAGACUACCGAUAUCCCCAAAGAGGGCCGCUUCAGCGACACCUCAAAAUCCGGCGAAAUGUACCGGAAGCGGUAUUUUAAGGACAGCACCUUUGAAGCGCUCAGCAUCAUUGAGCCGGCGGUUGAGAAAGCUGGCCUUACUAUGGUUGAAGUUGCGCUGCGAUGGGUAGUCAACCACUCGGCGCUGAACAUCAAGGAUGGCAACGAUGGCGUGCUCAUUGGAGUCAGCUCUGUUGCGCAACUUGACGAGAAUCUAAAAGAUUGCGAGAAGGGACCCCUCCCGCAAGAGGUACUGGACGCUCUGGACAAGGCGUGGCGGGUCAGCAAGCCGGAUACGGCCAACUACUGGCAUUUGGACUUGAAGUAUACAUAUGACACGAGAAAGGCUCUCUUUGGUGUGUAG